GAAAGGGGUGAAAGGUGGGCAGUUGUCGGCAAACUUGCGUCCACAUUGUUUACAUUUUAGGUUGCUUUAUUUAAGAAUAAUAAUAAACAUGAAUAGAAUACUUGUUUUAUCAUUAUCGGUGAAACAGGCUGGCAAACGUUUUUUCGUCGGUCAUGCCGGGAAAGAAAUGGUACUUCUUCAACAAGAGCAAAGAAGGUCCUUCAGAACUCAUUCACGGCAGCUUGCAUACGCCAAGGACCUGUUUAUGGGCCAAGUAAAUAAGAAAGAAGUUUUCCCUUAUCCAGAAGUCUCUAAUGACGAAGUGGAAGAGAUUAGUCAGCUAGUAGCACCUGUUGAGAAAUUCUUUAGCGAAGUUGUGGACUCCGCAAAGAUUGACAGAGAAGCCAAAAUCCCCCCUGAAACACUUAAUGGACUCAAAGAACUGGGCCUGUUUGGGAUGCAAAUUCCAGAGGAGUAUGGUGGUCUUGGACUGUCUAACACAAUGUAUGCAAGACUAGCUGAGAUCACGGCUUUAGAUGGCUCCAUUGCGGUUACAUUGGCUGCACAUCAAGCCAUUGGUCUCAAGGGGAUCCUCAUAGCUGGAAAUGAAGAACAGAAAAAUAAGUAUUUGCCGAAACUGGCCACCGGAGAACACGUAGCAGCUUUCUGUCUCACUGAGCCAGGAAGUGGAAGUGAUGCUGCCUCCAUUCAGACUCGAGCCACUUUGUCAGAAGAUGGUACACAUUAUCUGAUCAAUGGUUCUAAGAUAUGGAUUUCUAAUGGAGGGUUUGCAGACAUCAUGACAGUCUUUGCACGCACAGAGGUAGAGGAAAAUGGAGUGAAGAAGGAUAAGAUAACAGCUUUUAUAGUGGAGAGGGCCUUUGGGGGCAUCACCAGUGGAAAGCCUGAAGACAAAUUGGGAAUCCGGGGCUCUAACACUUGUGAAGUUGCCUUUGACAAUGUCCCAGUGCCAGUAGAGAAUGUCAUUGGAGAAGUGGGAGGUGGAUUCAAGGUUGCUAUGAAUAUCUUGAAUUCUGGAAGGUUUAGUAUGGGCAGUUCAUCAGCUGGAAUGAUCAAGAAACUCAUAGAAAUGACGGCUGAGUAUGCUGCCUCACGGAAGCAGUUCAACAAGAACCUAAGUGAAUUUGGAAUGAUUCAGGAGAAGUUUGCUCUGAUGGCCAUGAACGCCUACGUGAUGGAGAGCAUGGCAUACCUCACAGCAGGGAUGAUGGACAAGCCAGGGCUUCCUGACUGUUCUGUUGAAGCAGCCAUUGUGAAGAUAUUCAGUUCAGAGGGAGGUUGGAUUUGUGUCAGUGAAGCUCUGCAGGUCCUCGGGGGUGUGGGUUACACCAAGAAUUACCCAUUUGAGCGUUACGUCAGAGACUGCCGCAUCCUGCCUAUAUUUGAGGGGACCAAUGAGAUCCUGAGGAUGUACAUCUCUCUCACUGGGAUGCAAUAUGCUGGAAAAAUCCUGACAGGAAAAAUCAAAGAGAUGAAGAAAGGUAACAUAGGCCUUGCUUUGGGGAUGGCAGGCCAGAAACUGAGGAGUGCUCUUGGUGGCUCUGUAGACUAUGGACUGACUGGGAAAGAUGGUGUGGUUCAUCCCAGUUUAGCAGACAGUGCAAAGAAGUUUGAGCUGAAUGCGUCAAUGUUUGGGUCAACAGUGGAGAGUCUGCUGUACAGAUAUGGGAAGACCAUAGUGGACGAACAGCUCAUCCUGAAGAGAGUGGCAGAUGUGCUUAUUAACCUGUAUGCAAUGACUGCGGUCCUGUCUAGAACCAGUCGCUCCAUCAGCAUUGGACUGCGCAACCAUGAUCAUGAGGUCCUGCUUGCUAACACAUUCUGCACUGAGGCACAUUUUAAGAACAAUUACUUGAUGGCUCAGUUACAAAAGCACGCUCCGGAGAACAACGACGCCAACAUCAAGAAGAUUGCAAAGCAGGUUUUGGACAACAGAGCCUACAUCUGCUCUCAUCCUUUAGAAAGAACAUUCUGACCUCCUGACCUGUCAUAAUUUAGGAAAAUAACUUAUAUUUACGAAUUCAUUUAGGAAAAUAACUUAUAUUUACGAAUUCAUUGAUCCUGUUGAAUUUAUUGACAGUAAACUGUUGUGGGUUAAGCCUGUGUACUUAACAAAAGGACUGCAUAUUUGAUCCAUUUGAUUAACAAGCUACACUGUCCUCAGUAGUGAGUGUACUGUUUAAAAUAUAAGGAAGCUACUCCUCCUUGAUGGCAAUCGCUUAUUAACAGUCCACUCCUUUUACUGUGUAUGACAACUGUUUGAACUUUGUAAGAUUUUUAUACAGUACACAUUUUGAAUGUGUAUCAAACUUUUGUUUAGAUGUCAGAUGUCCAACAGAAGUGCUCCUUAUUUACCAUACUGCUUGCUUGAUGCGUUUUUAAUUCCCAAUUACUGUUCAUUUCUGUUCCUGUUUCUAUUGAUUUAUUUCAUGUGACAUUUUAAAAUAAAAAAAUUCCUUUUCUUCCUCUGUCAA